AUGAAUCUUCACUGCAGGCCUCCAAGUCGUUCAUGGUCAUUAUUCCCUCAAGAGAGUACAACAAUUUGCCUGAAGUUCAGGAUCCACUUUGAUGGAGUAAGACAAGCACAAAGUCUGAAACUUUCACCAAUCAGGAGGAGGAAAUGCAUCGUCCUGAAUUUGCAAGAGGAGUCUGCCAAGAAGAAAGGCACCAUUGCUGGUGCUAUUUCUCUCAUAAUUGGAACUAGUAUUGGUUCCGGGAUUCUUGCCCUCCCCAAAAAAACAUCACCAGCGGGCUUGCUUCCAAGUUCGAUAUCUAUGACAUUAUGCUGGGCGUUUCUAUUAGUCGAAGCGUUGUUGCUUGUUGAAGUUAAUGUGGAGCUGCUGAAGAGGAGGAAUGUAAACAUUAAAAAGGAUGAACUUGAGGUUCUAUCCAUUAGGACUAUGGCUCAGGAAACACUAGGGGAAUUUGGUGGAGCUUUAGCCACCAUUACCUAUGUGUUCUUGGGUUAUACUUCUAUGAUCGCUUAUGUAUCCAAGUCGGGCGAGAUCCUUAACCAUUUGAUUGACCUUCCAAAAUCAAUCUUAGGCAUUUUCUUCACUGCUCUUUUCACCAUUCUCAUAUUUGUUGGGGGAACACGAACUACUGAUCGAGUCAACCAAUGGCUCACUAUAUCCAUGAUAGGUUUGCUGGUGGCAAUUGAGGUUGUGGCUAUCGUAUUUGGAGGUUGGUCAGGUAUUGGAGGAAAUGAUGACUGGGGAAAAGUCCCUGCGACAAUUCCAGUCAUCAUAUUUUCUUUGGUUUAUCAUGACCUUGCUCCUGUUUUGUGUGCGUACCUAGAAGGGGAUCUGAGACGAAUAAGGGCCUCCAUUUUGGUUGGAAGUUUUGUGCCUUUGCUAGGAUUACUUAUUUGGGAUGCAGUAGCACUUGGACUUUCUGAGCAGGUUGAUCAAGUUGUUGAUCCUGUUGAACUUCUUAUGAGAGUAAGCUGGGGAGGGAUGUCAUUUAUGGUUGAGGCCUUCUCACUUCUGGCAGUUGGGACUUCACUAAUCGGCACCCUACUUGGCUUUUCAGAGUUUUUUAAAGAACAGCUUAAUAAACUGCUCACCAUAUCCGCCCAAAAACUUAAGAUAUCAGAUUCAGAGCUUGGAUUGCGUAAAUGGUGGGUGAGUAAGAAAACAAGCUUCAUAGCGACGGCAAUGGUCAUAGCUCCAUCCCUUUUCGUAUCAACAACAGUUCCAGAUGCUUUUUCUGCCGCCACUGAUAUAGCUGGAGGCUACUGCAUGACAGUUUUGUAUGGAGUUUUUCCACCAGCAAUGGCUUGGGCUAUGCUUUCUAAAAAUAGUGGAGACCAGAAUAAAAAAGCAGUAUCUAAAGCGAGGCCAACACUAAUCUGUGCAGGACUAUUAGCCGGUGUGAUACUCGUGGAGCAAAUACUACAAGAUCUCUCAAUUUUGCCCUCUUAA